AUGCUGAGCGCUUUUACGAGCGCUGUGACAGCCAAUGCAUGGGGCCCUCCCAAGAGUCCAGCUCCCCUGACCUUCGAUGCCACAAUCAAGGUCAAUGCUGAGCAGAGAUACCAGACUAUGCUUGGUGGUGGAUGCUCAGGCGCUUUUGGAGCCGCCUGUACUACCAAUUCUCUCUCGGCAGCCGAUCAGGACACCAUUGUCAGAACACUCUUCGACGAGAACGUCGGUGGUCUUUCAAUCCUCCGCAACCUGAUCGGAUCCUCCCCCGGCACAACCAUUCUUCCUACAUGCCCAGCAACUCCUGCUGGUCCAUUCAAUUACGUCUUCCCUACCGCCAACAACGACAGCUGCCAACUGACCUUGGCACAAAACGCACUCAAGUACAACCCAGAUCUCUACGUGUACGCGGAUGCUUGGUCGGCUCCAGGCUGCUUCAAGACCACUGGUCGCGAGGCUGGCGGUGGUUAUAUUUGCGGUGUCAGACGCUCGAACUGCACCUAUGACUGGCGUGAGGCUUACGCCAACUAUCUGAUCGAAUACGUCAGACUCUACCAGCAGCGUGGUGUCAAGGUGUCUCUGUUGGGCGCCUACAACGAGCCCGACUUCAACCCCAUCACUUACUCUGCGAUGUUGUCUGACGGCUACCAAGCCUACGACUUCCUAAGUGUGUUCUACCCUAUGGUCAAGAAGGCUUUCCCUAGUCUGGCUGUGUCCUGCUGUGACUCAACCGGUGCCCGCCAACAGCGAAACCUUCUUUACGAACUCGGUCGCCUUGGUGGACAAAAACUUUUCGAUGUCAACACCUACCACAACUACCAAUCAGACGUCAAGAGACCGUUUGACGAUCUGUUGGCCGGCCAGCCCACCCUCGAGACAGAAUGGAGUGACGGUGGCAACACUUGGACUGGUACCUGGGACGCUGUUGGGCAGAACUUCGAAGGCUUCCAAUGGUCUAUCUACAUGCACAAUGCAUUCCGCAACAAUGUCGCAGGUUGGAGUCAUUGGUGGUGCAGUUGGACAGCUCCCACAGAUGCCUCCCUCGUCCAGGUCAACGGCACCUCUUACCAAGUCUCCGCUCGUCUUUGGGCAUUUGCUGGUUACUUCCGUUUUGCACGCCCUGGUGCUGUGCGUCUGUUUGCCGACACCAGUGUUGAAGAGGUCUACGUCACUGCAUGGGAGAACAAGAACGGCACUAUUGCCAUUCCUGUCAUCAACUCUGCACACUACACGUACACACUGAAUGUGCACUUGGCUGGUACAAAUGUGUCCAAGGCCACUGCUUACCUGACAGACAAUGAGCACAAUGUCACUCAAGCUGGCCAAUUCACCUUCCAGGGUGGCAGAUUCACUGCUCAAAUUGAGCCCAGAGCCAUGAAGACCUACUUCCUGGAGGAAGCUUAG